AUGAAUAGGGGACGAGCAAUUCAGCGCGAGAACCCUAAGUACAACAUUGAGACAGUUUCUCUUGUAUACGCCAACGUCAAUACCGAAAAAGGCCCUAAAUGGUACGAUGUAGAUAAUUACGAACUCCCGCGGGAGUCACCGGAACCAUAUCUCCUUGUAGACUGGAUAGGCACUGGUAAAUAUAGUGACGUUUUUACGGCAAAAAAAGGCGAUACCAUCGUUGCAAUUAAAGUUUUGAAACCUGUUCGUCUUCAAAAAUAUAAUCGCGAGGCAAAAAUCCUAGAAAACCUAUGGAACGGUCCAAAUAUAGUCAAAUUAAAAUCAGUCGUCCAAAAUCCACAGACCCAGCAAUAUAGUUUUGUUUUUGAACACGUAAAUGGAAUUGGAUUUGAUAGAAUGAUUAAAACUACUAACGAUGAAGAUUCCAGAUUUUACUUAUUUCAACUUAUGAGAGCGAUACAUUAUUCCCACUCUCAGGGAGUUAUGCAUCGUGACGUAAAACCGUUGAAUGUUCUAUACGACAGAUCUAAAAAAAAAUUAAGACUUAUCGACUGGGGAUUAGCAGACUUUUAUAUUCCAAAAACUCGCUACAGCAUCCACGUUGCUUCACGUAAUUUCAAACCGAUUGAAUUAUUGUUAGAUUAUCAGUGCUACGAUUACUCUGUUGAUAUAUGGAGCUUCGGCGUGACAAUGGCAUCAUUAAUAUUCAAGAAAGAUCCAUUUUUCAGAGGAAGCGACGACUUAGAUAUGGUUAAGAAGAUUUCUUCGGAGUUGGGUGGCGAUAAGCUCAAGCAGUACAUGGAUAAAUACGGACUUCCGCUUCCUGAUGGUCUCCCAAAGACUAUUUUCAAGAAGAAACCAAAACCACUAAAUUCACAUAUUAAUUUGGGAAAUCAAGACCUUGUUUCGCCAGAAGCUCUUGAUCUCCUCGAGAAGUGCCUUAGAUAUGAUCACCAGGAAAGAAUUACAGCCUUUGAAGCGCUUAAGCAUCCUUAUUUUGACCCUGUUCGAAAUAUUCAAGCCAAUUAA